AUGCAUUCCGCUAGCAACGCCCACGCCCACGCCGCCGCCAAACCGUCCCAUCAUCGCAAGGCCUCCCACUCGAACACCAGCUCCCUGUCGUCGGCCUCGUCCUCCACCCUCAAGCGGGCCUCGUCGCUGAAGGCCUCGUCUGCCGCGAACCCCUCGCAUCCGCCCGCCGCGACCCUGCUGGACCCGCCCAUUGAAGACGAAUCGCCGCCCGACGCCCACAAAAAGCUGAGGAAGCGCUCGUCCACACACCGCCGCCGCUCGACCGUCGCGCAUGCCGCGCAGGACCAAGUGAGCAGCCCUAUCCGCGAGGGCGUCGGCAACCUGCACCGCUGGUCGCAGUCGUCCACCUCGAGCCGUGCCUCUUUGGCAAGAGAACUGCGACAGGGUAGUUUCUCACGGCGGCUGAGUUUCAGCAGCGGACCCCCCUUGGACCCCCUCCAUGGCUCUGCGCUGCAGUCUCCACAACGAUCUCCUACCAGGAACCACUCGCCCGACGUGAGUCCCCGCGGCAAGGCUCGCCCAUACUCCCCGCCGCCCAAGAUCCCGACGCCAGACCCUGCGCCUGCCCUGCCGCUGCUGCCGGCGACCACCUUCGACCCGAGCUCGCCCUUGACCACUACGACGAGCAACACCCCGACCCACGGUCUCUUCACGCCUCCCGCCGCCCUAUCGUCGGGGCCCGAUUACUUCAACCACAAACCGUUUGCGCCUGCAGCGUCACCGCGGAGCAAGAAGCCGCCUCCGCCCAAGGGUGUCGCCAAGUCCGCCCUCGCCUCCCCUCCCCUUCUAGAGAGAUCAGCCAAACCGCCGCACUCGUCUUCUGCCUCCGCAUCUUCUCGGUCGCGUGCCACAUCGGUGGAGCAGCAGCAGCAACAAAGGUCCGGGAGUGCGCUUGGAAAGGAGCGGCGUGUGCCCGCACGAGAGCGGACGGCAAGCAGGACAAGGGACAGGAGUGUGAGUGGCGCAACGACCGCAUCGGAGGACGAGGGAAGAAGGGCGCCAUCGCGAAACAAAGAUCAUAAAGAGAAGGACAAGAAAACUAUGUUGUCGCGAGCGCUGCAGAAGGCCAACACUGCCGUGUUGCUUGACAAUGCGCAGAACUUCGAGGGAGCAAUGGAGGCGUACAGCGAUGCGUGCCGGCUACUACAACAAGUCAUGUUGCGGAGUUCUGGAGAGGAUGAUCGGAAGAAAUUGGAAGCAAUUCGCGUGACAUACACAAAUCGCAUACAAGAGUUGAGGAUGCUGGACCCUGCAUGGCAGGCGUCUUCAGGCAAGGCGUUGCCUACACGGCCCAUGAGCGACCAAUCGCUUGCGGACACUCAAUCUUUCAUAGACAAUGUGGUGGAGGAUGACGAGGAGGACCCAGUGGUCAUCGAGACUGCAACAAUCACAAGAAUCGUUAAUGACAAAUCGGUGGAGGCGACAAGGACGCAAACUUCGUUCCAGAAACGACCCGCGCGAGAAUCCGUCAUCAGCUCUGCGAUCCGCGAUGUCGAGAGCUCAAUACCGAAGUCAUCAGACCCCGAACAACUUCUUUCCCCCCCACCAAUCAAACCGGGCGGAAGUCUCCAGCAUGCGGAUCGUUCUAACCUCGACUCACCUAUGGAGCGGAACUACCUCCCCCAGCCGUUGUCGCCUCGUCGUUCUCGGACACCCAAUGCUUCCGCAGAUUUCUUCGACGAGCCCGGUAUGCGCGAACCCGUGGAGCAUAGAUCUGCCAGUCAAGCGAGCCAAGUCAGCCAACAUCACCACCGUGCAGCCAGCAACGAGUCUAUCUCUUGGCUUGAUACCAUCGACGAGUCAGGAGGUUCUUCGUGCUCCUCUUCAGUACACUCGUUGCAAAUGGGCACACUGCAACGCAAGCAGUUGCGCUAUGCCAGCGGUGCCACAGAAGCCGAGUUCGAUGCGGCUCUCGACGCGGCUGUCGAAGCUGCUUACGAUGACAACCUGGAGCCGUACGAAGACGAGGCCUUGAUGUCGCCAUACCGCAGGAAUGUGGAGCUCGCGAGGGAACGUGUACGGGAGGCAGAAAGAGAAACGGCCAUUGAAGCGGCGAAGAGACAUGACCGCGACAUGCGGAUGCGAGGAGAUUCGCUGCCGCACAUCCACGAUGGUAGCCUAGACCUCGGAGGGCAAAGCGAAGAGGCGGACGACGAGGAGCGCAUACUGGACGAGAUGACGAGGGACUACAUGAUGGACGACUUUGACUUUGGCCUCCAAUCGAAGUCAGCAUUACCGCGCCAAUCGGAUUCGAGCACUUUCUCUGGGAGCACCUGGCAUAGUUCGAUAUCCUCCGCACGCAACACGGCUGGAACGUCACUUUCGACGGUCACGGAAUUGGACACUUCGCCCACCACUGUCAAUACGAAGCCGCUGCCCGAACGCCCUGCCAACACGUUGUCCCCCGUCUCCGAAUCCGAGCCCCAGACUGCAGUCCCAGUCCCAUCAACCUCAUCGCAUAAAUCCACUGGUUCCGGAGGUGCUUCUAGCGUGAGGAGUAGGCGGCUUUCUGGGCAAAAUGCCAAACAGUUGAAGAUUGAGACGUCGAUACCGGCGAACCAAGGACCUUUGACGCAGCCUCCGUACACAUUAAAGGUUGAUGAGACGCCAGCUCUGCCAAAGACCGCCAACGCAACUCUACCAAACACUUCGUUGAAGAUGCCGAGCACAGCGAUAUCGCAGGCCAAUCUACAUGCCCCGUCGUUGAACUCAGCCGCUGUCAGCCCAGCAGACAGCAUGCCAUCAAUUUCGCCAUCGCCUUCCUUGACGCAGGCAGUAUCGCACGAGAACAUAACGAGCGACCCCACCAUCCGUACUAAGACGGCCGGCCCUCCCCCGCCUCUGAGAAAAAACAAGUCUUCCUUGAGUCUGCGAAACCGGCAAAUGUCAGUCUCCAGUCCGGAUGGAUCCGAUGUCUCUGUUGGCACUCCACUCAGCACUACAUUCACGACCUUCAGCCAGCGCAAGCCGAGCAACCCCCAGAUUGCACAGACCCCUGGUAUUCCGACCUUUACGCUCGACGGCAUGACUUUGCCGACGGGAGGCAUGCAUCUUUUCGAAGCCGAUAUCCACUCGCCGUACAGCCCUGGGUCGCCCAAUCCUCUCGCCAUCAACGCCCCCAUCCCUCUUGAGCCUUGUCCCGAGAGCUAUCUUCUCCGCCCUUUCUGGCUCAUGCGCUGUUUCUACCAAACUCUUGCACACCCCCGUGGUGGAUAUCUCUCGACAAAACUCUUUGUCCCACGGGACAUCUGGAACGUGAAGGGAGUCAAGAUCAAGUCGGUGGAGGAAAAGAUCUCGAACAUCGACCUCCUUACUGCGGCUUUGCUCAAACUCGGCAGGGUUGACACGCUUGACGCAGAUGCAACUCUCGAGGAAAUGCAAGCUCUUGAGCUCGUUCUGGAUCAGGUUCAGUCCAACCUUGUCAAAAAGCUUGGCAGCGAAGUCGGAACUGGUGGCGUAAGCUCUAUGUUCAAAGAUGCCCAGACCGUCGGAGUCACUUCACCUGAUGGCAGCACUGCUACGGAGCUACCUUCAAGGCUUGGCGGGACAAGCAAUCGUUAUCUGAACACGUGGAAGAAGCUGCGGUCGAAGAACUCUGGGGUGAACCUGGCCAACCUUGCGGCGAGCAAAGAAGUCUCCAAGGACUCAUUAACAAUGAGCACUCUGCCAAUGACAACCCUGCCAAACAUCCGCUUUGCGAAGCGUGAGGUUCCCGAUAUUGAAUUCGUUGGGGCGAACGCCAACUACAUGGGCUCACUGACGCGCUUGUUCGACGCCGUCCAAAUCCUGGAUCAAAUAGCCCGACAGGUCGAGGAUCCAGGACUGAAACACUCGUCUCCCACGCAUGUCGGUCUCGAGUUGAGUACCCGCCACGCCGCCGAAUUUUUCGGCUUCUACAUCUGUCGCUUCGUCCUCAGCGACAUCGCCAUGAUGCUGGACAAAUUCAUCAAGCGUGGAAGCGAGUGGGUUCUGAUAUGA